UUGGUGCUGCCUCGGUGGGACACCCCGUUUAGGCUGUCCCUGGAAGGGGUGACGGGGGAGGGGGGGGAAUGUCCCCCGGGGUGUCCCCCACUGAUGGCUCUUCCUCUGCCGCAGGACACGGGGUUCAGGUGGGCGUCCCCCAGCCAGUCCCCAGAGGAGCACAGGAGGGUGGUGACCCUGGAGAAGAAGGCGGAGGAGUCUUUCGGCUUCGAGAUCCAGACCUACGGGCUGCACCACCAGGACAGGAAGAGUGUGGAGAUGUUCACCUUCGUGUGCCGGGUGCACGGCGGGAGCCCAGCCGAGGCCGCGGGGCUCAAGGCUGGGGACACGAUCACGGGGGUGAACGGGCUGAACGUGGAGGGCGUCCGGCACCGGGAGAUCGUGGAGAUCAUCAAGAGCUCGGGCAACGUGCUCCGGCUCGACACGCUCUAUGGGACGUCCAUCCGGAGGGCAGAGCUGGAAGCCCGGCUGCAGUACCUGAAGCAAACGCUCUAUGAGAAGUGGGGUGAGUAUCGCUCGCUGAUGGUGCAGGAGCAGCGGCUGGUGCGGGGUGUGGUGGCCAAGGAUCCCAGCAUCUACGACACGCUGGAGUCCAUCCGCUGGUGCCUGCAGGGGGAGGGGGGGCUGCCGGGGGGCUCCCCCCGCGCCAGCGGCAGCGACGACUCCCUGUACCAGACCUGCGUCUUCGCCUCCGCCGACUCGCUGGACGGGGACAAGGAUGGGCACAAGGACAAGGAUGGGGACAGUGGGGGUCCCGCGCCCCCCCCGCCGCGCCCCCGGCCCGUCCUGGCCCGCAGCGCCAGCCUCAAGUGUGCGGGGGGCGUGGGGGCCGCCGGGCGGCUUUGGGCCCGGGCCGGGGACCCCAUGGAGGGGGCGGCCGCCCCCCGCAAGGGCCGACACAGCAGCUUCCGCCGGCGGCUGCUCAAGUUCAUCCCGGGACUGAACCGGGCGCUGGAGGAGGAGGAGAGUCACCUCUAGCCGGGGGGUCCCCAACCCCCAGGACUAUUUAUUUAUUUAUUCUGAGGGGAUUCUUCCCCCCGUAGCCGGGGGAAGGAGGUUUGGGUUGGCCCCAGGGGUCCUGGUUCGGACCCCCCGGGCCGUGGGGGUCCUGACAGCGAGGGACAGACGUGACACUGAGGAACGGACAUGGGGACGCUCCUGAAGCGGCUCACAAUGCCGUUGCUGCUCUC